GGAACAAUAAAUCCGGAUAAUAGUAAAACAAAAGAUAAUGAUUGUCUCAAACAUGUGAUAUCAGCUUUUAAUGCACAUAGAAUUUCAGAAGGUAAGUUAGAGCAUUUGGAACGAUUAUCCGUUCUAAGACCAUAUAAAGAUCUUGUUAACUUUGAUGAUAUUCUGGAUGGAAAGCCAGUCCCAGUUAGCAAUCAUAUAUUCGAAAAGCUUGAAAAAUUAAAUCCUGACUAUUAUUUCAAUGUAAAUGACUGGGAUGAUAAAGCAGGUAUGCAACCUCUUAUAAUUUCGAAAAAUUAUACAAGAAAAUAUGAGGUUAAUCUUCUAGUCCUCACUGAAGAAUCUAUAGGUGGAAAGGAAAAAACGCAUUAUUUAUGGAUCAAGAAUCCAAGUAAGCUCAUAUUUUCCAACACCAAGAACAAUAAUAAGAAGCAUUUAUGUACCCGUUGUGGGGAAUACUUAUCAUCAGAAAGAGUACUUAUAAAGCACAAAAAGUAUUGCUAUAGUCAUACAGAUGCACCUCAAUUUACAGAGCUUCCAAUAAAAGGUAAAAAUAACAAAUUAUGUUUCAAAAAAUGGAAGCAUAUGAUGAGAGCACCUUGUGUAAUAUAUUCGGAUUUUGAAGCAUAUAACAAGAAAUGCCCAGAUGGUGAAGUAUACAGGGGGCGAAUUAAAAAAUUAACUGAGAAUGUUCCUAAUAGCUAUCACAUGAUAGUAAAAUGGAGCGAUGGUACAUUAUGGGCAAAUGACUAUCCUUAUAGAGGGGAAAACCCAACAGAACAUUUUAUUAAAGAGCUAGAAAAUCUAUAUAGUAAAAUUAAAGAUACGCUCUCUGAAAACAUAGAUAUCAGAUAUCUUACAGCUGAUCCAGAAUACAAAGAAGAAUAUGAAAAAGCAAUGUGUGCUUUCAAUAAAGCUGAUAAAUGUUGGAUAUGCAAGAAAGGAUUCCAAGAUCCCGACAAGGAAAAUCUUGCAGAAGGAAAUAGAUUGAAAGCAGAGACGAAAAAGAUUACUGAUAUCAAGAAAAGGAAGAAAGCUAUGGAUACUGCAAUGACAAUGAUUCGAGAUGCCACUGUAUAUACAAAAGUCUGGGAUCAUGACCAUAUCUCUGGAAAAUACCGAGGAGCAUCACAUUCUGGAUGUAAUCUUAAACUAAAAAUAGAUCCAGCAAGAGAUCAAAUCCCUGUUAUAUUCCAUAACUUCAGAGGAUAUGAUUCCCACUUAGUAUGUCAGUCAGCAGGAAAGGCUAGCAGUGACCAGAUAACAGUAAUAGCUGAAAAUAUCGAAAAAUAUAAGUCAAUGACUAUAGGUAAGUUCAAGUUCAUAGACAGUUUCCAAUUUAUGAAUACUGGACUCCGAAAAUUAGUAGAAAACUUAGGUGCAGUACCAUGCAGUAAUAAUGAAUGUGUAGAACAUGAAUGUAGAAUUGAUAAAAACCGAUGCAUGGGAAGACCUGAAGCUUUCAAGACACUCAAUAAGCUUAUAUGUGACAUGGAUAAAGUAACAUUAUUGCUAAGAAAGGGAGUAUAUCCAUAUGAAUGGGUAGAUUCACCUGAAAAAUUUAAUGCAAAAGAACUUCCUCCCAUAGAAUGCUUCCAUAGUACUCUUGGUGGUGCUAUAACACCAGAAGACUAUGAUCAUGCAAAGAAAGUCUGGAAAGCAUUCGACUGCAAAACUUUUGGAGAUUAUCAUGAUAUUUACCUUAAAGCUGAUGUAAUGCAACUCUGUGAUGUCUUCGAAACAUUCAGAGAUACUGCAAUGGAAUACUAUGAAAUAGAUCCAGCAUACUAUAUUUCAACGCCAUCUUUUGCUUGGGAUGCUAUGUUAAAAUACACGAAUAUUGAGUUAGACUUAUUUACAGAUGCACUUAUGCAUGAUAUCACAGAAAAUCAGAAGCGUGGGGGUGUAUCCAUGGUAUCCAAAAGAUAUGGAAAAGCUAACAAUCCAAAAUGUCAAGGAUAUGAUCCAUCAAAACCGACUAAAUAUUUAAUGUAUGUAGAUGCAAAUAAUUUAUAUGGCUGGGCAAUGUCUCAAUGUCUCCCAAGUGGUGGUUUCAAGUGGAUUAAUCCAAUAAAUGCUCCAGAUAUUAUGUCUAUUCCAGAAGACAGUCCAAAGGGAUAUACAUUUGUUGUAGACUUAAGAUAUCCUGAAGAGCUACAUAAUCUACAUAAUGAUUACCCACUAGCUCCAGAAAAUAUCGAAAUCACAAAGGAUAUGUUAUCAGGAAAGCAAAAUGAAAUAAUUAAUAAGAAAAUCAAAGUAAUAGAUCCAAAAACUGGUAAGGAAAAGGAAGUAAAAGAAUGCGCUUUUGUGAAAGGUAAGAAGCUAUGCCCAAACCUUAUGGAUAAAAAGGAAUAUGCUGUCCAUUAUAGAACAUUGCAAUAUUAUGUGAAGAAGGGUAUGGAGAUUACCAAGAUUCAUAUGGUCUUAGAAUUCGACCAAUCACCCUGGCUUGCUCCAUUUAUUAACUUCAAUACUGAAAAGCGUAAGAUGGCAAAGAAUGAAUUCGAAAAAGACUUCUUCAAGCUCAUGAAUAACUCAGUAUAUGGUAAGACUAUGGAAAAUGUCCGCAAUUAUACUGACAUAAAGCUAAUAAAGCUCAAGGAUGAUUGGAAAUCAGAACGCGCUGUAGUUAAGAAUAUAUCCAAACCUAGAUGCAGAGAUUUCAGAGCUUUUAAUGAUAACCUAUGUGCAGUACAUAUGGGCAAGGAAAAAGUAUUACUUAAUAAACCAAUAUUCGUAGGAUCAGCUGUAUUAGAUCUCAGCAAGCUCUGGAUGUAUCAAUAUUGGUAUGACUAUGUUAAGGCCGAAUAUGAUGAAAAAGUUAAUUUAUUAUAUACCGAUACAGAUUCCCUGGUAUAUGAGGUAGAAACCGAAGACAUCUAUGCUGAUAUGGGAAAGAAUGCAGAUCUAUUUGACUUCAGUAACUACCCCAAAGACCACCCAUUAUAUGAUACCGAAAAUAAGGCAGUCAUAGGUAAAUUCAAAGAUGAAUGCUGUGGCACACCAAUGCGAGAAUUUAUAGGUCUAAGAGCCAAGAUGUAUGCAUUUGAGAUUGAAGGUGGAGAAAUCACUAAAAAGGCUAAGGGUAUAUCAAAAAAUGUAGUAAAAGAGGAAUUAACUAUAGAUAUGUACCGAGAUUGUCUAUUCGAAAAUAAGACAUAUACUACAGAUAACAUAUAUGGGCUUAGAAUAGAAAAUCAUAAUAUAUAUCUAACAAAAUCUACGAAAAAAGUUCUAUGUCCGCUUGAUACAAAGAAAUGGAUCUUGGAUGAUGGAAUUAAUAGCUAUGCUUAUGGCCAUUACAGGAUACGGGAUCUAAAUAAGAAUGUAGAAGAAGUCAAGUAUAGCGAUGAGGCAUUAAAUGAUUACUUGGAGUUAUUACUAGCCUAA